AUGACGGGAGCAAAGGUGUUUCUUGUUCAUUCAAAAGAGUCGAGCAAGGACAGGACGCACAGCGCCCGAUUGAACAUUGUGGGCGCGGCCAUAUCUAAGAUUGGUCCAAAGAAAUCCAGAAUCAAGGAACUCAUAAGGGAUUCGGCCAACGAGUUUUGCAAGAAUAGCGAAAACGCGGAGAGCUGCUGUAAGGGUAUCAGCUAUGUCAGUCUGGCCUCUGGCAAUCUGAUCCCGAUAACCAGUGCCGCUGCUGAGGAGUAUGUGUUCUUGUUGCGAGUGGAUGGGGACGAGAGCAACACUACCGACAACAACGUUGGAAUCCAGGUCGUCUUGGCUGUUCCCAAAGGUGGAGAAAACGGAGUUUGUGUUCAGGACAGCAGUCGUAGGAAGAGAGACGUGGAGGACAACUCCCUUCACCGGGAAAAACGUGCGGUCACCACGCCUUCGCCCACAGUGGCGCCGGACCUGGUCUUCCUCGACCCGUCACUCGUGAAGACGGUACUGGACACACCUGGUUUCAGGACAAGUAUGAAUAAUGAUCUUGGACUGUUGGUUGGACUUGUGGCAGUCCUGGAGGAAAGCGAGUGUGAGGUUGGUGGUGACCUCCAGCCCUGGGUCAUCGGCCUCAUCACCAUCACAGCCUUCCUCACCCUCCUGCUCAUCAUCGCCGCUAUCGUCAUGUGUGUCAACGGAAAGAAGAACAAAGACUACAGCAGACAGUGGGCCUCCAAGACAAGAGUUACACCAGUUGCGCAGUAGGCAUACCACAGCAGCAUGCCGAAUGUACAAGACUAGCACCACGCUAAAUGUCCACUGCGGAAAGGGUGACUAAUUGUAGAAGACAUAGUGAACGGUGUUAAGAAGUGCUUUGUUGACCUAAAGGAUGUUUUUGUGAUAUUUCGCAAACACAUCUGAGGGUCUGGAUAUAGAGCGUUUCCUAGUAUCGUUCACUAUAUUAUUUUCUAAAAACACUUGUAUUUUCUUAAAUGGGUGAGGCCGUGUGUGAUAGCAUGUAGAUACUACCAGCAAAAUCUCUGUCCUUACAUGAGAAUCUCAGCGGAGUAUAAGGUGUUAUAAACCGUACCCUAAACUCAUUCAAACCGUGAAUGUAUAUCUAAACCACGUACGCUAAUUGUAAUAUAUGGAAGCUGCUAUACAUACAUGUAGAAACGUCUGGUGUUGAUAGCUUAAUCUAUAACGCUACAUGUACAGAUGUUCGCUAUACGUGUCAGUCUGUGAGAACGUAUCAAUAUCAUUUCUCAAAUCACACCAUAACGUUAAGUAUAAUGCAUGACACAUCUAAGCGCUUCAGUAUAAAAUCACGUGGACUUGUUUGAUAGGCUAAGAUGACACUACUAGGCUAGCGUUGGCCGCCCUGCCAUGUGACUUUGCUUUAACAUCAUUACCAUGUCGGGUGAAUUGCCGGACCAAGCCAUUAAGUGCUUUUAACAAACAACUUAAUAUCCCUCACAUCCUAAUAAUACUGAAUAUCAACAGCUGACUUACAGUUACAGUGGCUACGAUACAUUCUAGUCUGUACAACGGAAGACAGGGUACAGAAGUACAAACGGUACAUAAACACAUCAUACGUCCCUUAGCUAGUGUCACUGCAGACAGUAGAGGACGUCCGGCACCCUAACAGAAGUGUCAAAUUACUGAGCGGUUUACCUGUAUCAAUACAGCGUUGUAAAUACCUCAUCGACCUAGUUUUAUGCCUAAAAUGCAAAGAAUGAACAAAUAAACUAUUCUGUCAAUAAAGUUUGUGUCUUUAGGUAGACUUAUGUGCAAGAGAUAUGAUACUGCAGGGGCAGUGAUGUGAUGUAUAACACCGGCUGCCACACUCAAGUUGACGAAGAGGCAAAGUUACGAAAUGCAUGAGCUACUAGUAGUCUUGCAUAUCCUCUCCAUUUGUAUUAGUUCUGCACAAAAUCAGUAAUUGAAAAUUUCAACAUGCUGUAAUGACUCAGGAAUUGCAAAAAAACAUUGAAUCUCCAGUUCUGUCUUUAAAAUAGAAACAUACAAUAUUGUUGGACCAAAGAUCAGUUUUUCAUGUUCAUAAACCAUCUGGAUGUGGAAGAGAAUUUUCACCUGAAAUACCAUGCAAUGUCUGUAGUGUAAAUAGCUUGUUGCCUUUAAAAGCUAUUUUUGAAUGUGUCAUCUUGUCUGUUGUAAGUGAUAAUUAUAAUUAAUGUACAUUGUAUUGUGCAUGCAGUGAAUAAAAUUCACAAUGGUGUAAAAUGACACUAAUUCAUGUUUGUUUUCCCUGUAUUCAAGUUGGUAGAAUGACCUACAUUACAGCUACAUUUUGACAACAAAGGAUGCAAGAGGUAAAAGCACCAAGUUUGGAAGCACAGCACUUUGAUGGGUACAUUCUUUUGAGCAUUAGCCUGCCCGUAGAGCAUUUAAGGUCUAUCCUUGGGUAAAAAUAAAUACAGUAGAAGCUGCUUAAUUGCACGGCCUAUUUGCCAGCGAAUUUGGUGCAAUUAUCCGGCUGGUGCAAUAAUGCGAAGUUAUCUAGCUGGACCGCACCGGUUUUGGAUUUUAGAAUUCCGUGCAGUUAACAGAAGUGUGCGUUAAUCCGUUGUGCAAUUAACUGGCUUCCACUGUACUGGUUGAAUAUUGUUGAAGGACAGAAACAACAUUUGGUUAUGUUUUAGUUUUUCUU